GUUCGGUCGGAAAUGGCCGAAGACGUGCGAGACCCAGCGGUUUAAGGGGAGAAGACCGGCCGGCUUUUCGGAACAAACCAACUGUGUCCGGCCCGGAGGGGGGGGAGCAGGGGAGGGCGGACGGAGCGGGAAGACAAGGCAGCGGCUAUGGCUCCCCCCCCAGCCCCUCGCGGCUCCGCCGGGAGGGCGAAGUGAGGGCGCCGAGAGGGUCUUGAGAAUCUGGUUCUGUGCUUUUAAAAAUAACUCAGCGUGAGCCACAAUUGGGAGCAUUCACAGAGGAAAUUCUUCAGCCGUUUAAAACAAAGUGAAGGGAGGGGAAAAAAAGCUCUCCUUGAAGUGCUUUUACUUGUCCGUGAAGAGCGAGCGUGUCCCGGCCUUGCUUUCUGGAGGGACCACGGCUCCAGACAGAUGAGUAGGGAGCUGGCCACAGAAGAGGAACACAUUCCAAUUUUCCAGCUGAUCACCCUGUACAGAGAAAAACCCUCGAGAUCAAAGCUGGGAGAAAGAAGAGAAGUGGUGGAGGAGUCGAUGUGUGACAUGGAACAGGUCUGAGCUGAGGAGCUGAGGGACAACAGUGCUGGUGAGAGAGACCUGGCAGUAGAAACUGUUUAUCCAAGCCUGGAGAGAUAAAGCACAGGAGCUGCUGACACACUCCCUGACGUCCUUCUCUGUUUACCAGGAGGGAGCUGGCGGGACACAGGAAUGGCAGAGCGUCAUCCCCGCCGCAGCGAUGACAGAGACUGACGCUCCUGCGAGUCCCUCCUGGCUCCUUCUCCGCGAUGGCCGCUGCGUAUUCCCGGCGUGGUAGCGCAGGAUGUCGGGAGCAGCGGUAGAGUUUGGCUCCGUCCCACUGCGUUUUCCUUCGGCCGACCGGGCCUUCGGGUGGCCAUGACAACGCCGUGACACUCCCGGCAAAGGUUGCCCGUGGAAAGGGUGGGCUGGGGGCGGGCGAGAAGGUCGAUGACCGACUCCAGCGGGGUCAAAAGUCGUGCCUGCAGCGAAACGACCGUGGAAGAGCCGUCGGCACGGCCAGAAGAUGAAAUUCCCCUUCCGCUGGCUUCUCGCUGAGCAGGCACAAUAACAUUUUUAUCCGGCAGACUCGCUACACGAACUCUUUUGGUUAUGGCUACUGACCCGACGUGAUUGGGCGCGCGGCGACUCCGGAACCCAUGACUGGAUAUACGAUGUUGCGGAAUGGGGGAGUGGGGAACGGAGGCCAGCCCUGGGUGUUGAGGUGGUCCAGUCGGAUCCGGCUCACCUGGCUCAGCUUCACCCUCUUCAUCAUCCUCGUCUUCUUCCCCCUCAUCGCCCACUACUACCUGACCACCAUCGACGACGCGGACGACGCCGGCAAGCGCAUCUUCGGGCCCCGGACGGGCAACGAGCUGUGCGAGGUGAAGCACGUGCAGGACCUGUGCCGCAUCCGCGAGUCGGUCAGCGAGGAGCUGCUCCAGCUGGAGGCCAAGCGGCAGGAGCUCAACAGCGAGAUCGCCAAGCUCAACCUCAAGAUCGAGGCCUGCAAGAAGAGCAUCGAAAAUGCCAAGCAGGACCUGCUGCAGCUGAAGAACGUCAUCAGCCAGACCGAGCACUCCUACAAGGAGCUGAUGGCACAGAACCAGCCCAAGCUCUCCCUGCCCAUCCGGCUGCUGCCCGACAAGGACGACGCGACCUUCCCCCUGCCAAAAUCCAACAGGAACUGCAGGCUGCACAACUGCUUCGACUACUCACGCUGCCCCUUGACGUCUGGCUUCCCAGUCUAUGUCUACAACAGUGACGAUUACCCCUUUGGUAGCUCCUUGGACCCUUUAAUUAAACAAGCCUUUGAGGCGACCGUCAGAACUAAUGUUUAUGUUACUGAAAAUGCAAAUAUUGCUUGUGUGUACAUAGUUUUAGCGGGGGAGAUGCAAGAGCCCGUAAUGCCAAAACCUACUGAACUAGAGCAACAGUUGCACUCUUUGCCGUACUGGAGGACUGAUGGACACAACCAUCUCAUCAUCAACUUGUCGAGGAAGUCGGAGACUCAGAACUUCCUCUACAACGUCAGCACGGGGCGCGCCAUGGUCGCCCAGUCCACCUUCUACGACGCGCAGUAUCGCCCGGGCUUCGACAUCGUGGUGUCGCCCCUGGUCCACGCCAUGUCCGAACCCAACUUCCUGGAAAUCCCGCCCCAGGUGCCGGUCAAGCGUAAGUACCUGUUCAGUUUCCAGGGGGAGAAGAUCGAGUCUCUGAGGUCCAGCCUGCAGGAGGUUCGCUCUUUCGAGGAGGAGAUCGAAGGCAACGCCCCGGCUGACUACGACGACCGGAUCAUCACCACCCUGAAGGCCGUCCAGGACAGCAAGCUGGACUUCGUUCUGGUGGAGUUCACGUGUAAGAACCAGCCCAAGGCGAGUCUGCCCACUGAGUGGGCUCUGUGUGGAGAAAGGGACGACAGACUAGAGCUACUGAAGCUUUCUACUUUUGCACUGAUCAUCACCCCCGGGGACACCCGUUUGGUGAUCUCCGCCGGGUGCACCAUGAGACUGUUUGAGGCUCUGGAAGUCGGAGCCAUCCCGGUGGUUCUCGGAGAGCAGGUCCAGCUUCCCUACAACGACGUGAUCCGGUGGAACGAGGCAGCCUUAAUCAUACCAAAGCCACGUAUCACAGAAGUGCACUUCCUUCUGAGAAGCAUUUCUGACAACGAUCUCCUUGCCAUGAGGAGGCAGGGCCGCUUCCUGUGGGAGACCUACUUCUCCACCUCGGACAACGUCUUCAGCACGGUCUUAGCCGUCAUAAGGACUCGAAUCCAAAUCCCGGCCGCUCCCAUCCGAGAAGAGCCCUCCGUGGAGAUCCCCCACCGCUCUGGCAAAGCUGCUGGUACAGACCCCAACAUGGCCGACAACGGCGACCUGGACUUGGGGCCUGUGGAGACAGAACCCCCCUAUGCAUCCCCCAAAUAUCUCCGCAACUUCACCCUCACGGCAAUGGAUAUCUACAGGAACUGGAACUCUGCACCGGGGCCUUUCCACCUCUUCCCCUACACUCCCUUUGACCCCGUUUUACCAUCGGAAGCGAAGUUUCUGGGGUCCGGCACUGGGUUUCGGCCGAUCGGCGGAGGAGCGGGUGGCUCUGGGAAGGAGUUCCAGGCCGCUCUGGGCGGCAACGUGCCCCGGGAGCAGUUCACGGUGGUGAUGUUGACUUACGAGCGGGAGGAAGUGCUGAUGAACUCCCUGGAAAGGCUCAAUGGUCUCCCCUACUUAAAUAAGGUGGUGGUGGUGUGGAACUCCCCCAAGCUCCCCUCCGAGGAUCUCCUGUGGCCGGACAUCGGCGUCCCCAUCAUGGUCGUCCGCACGGAGAAGAACAGCCUGAACAACCGGUUCCUGCCCUGGGACGAGAUCGAGACCGAGGCCAUCCUGUCCAUCGACGACGACGCCCACCUGCGCCACGACGAGAUCAUGUUCGGCUUCCGGGUCUGGAGGGAGGCCCGGGAUCGCAUCGUGGGCUUCCCGGGGCGCUACCACGCGUGGGACAUCCCCCACCAGUCCUGGCUCUACAACUCCAACUACUCCUGCGAGCUCUCCAUGGUGCUCACUGGUGCUGCCUUCUUCCACAAGUACUAUGCCUACCUGUAUUCCUACGUGAUGCCCCAGGCCAUCCGGGACAUGGUGGACGAGUACAUCAACUGCGAGGACAUCGCCAUGAACUUCCUGGUCUCCCACCUCACGAGGAAACCUCCCAUCAAGGUGACCUCCCGCUGGACCUUCCGCUGCCCCGGCUGCCCCCAGGCCCUUUCCCACGACGAUUCCCACUUCCACGAGCGGCACAAGUGCAUCAACUUCUUCGUGCGGGUGUACGGGUACAUGCCCCUGCUCUACACCCAGUUCCGCGUCGACUCCGUGCUCUUCAAGACCCGCCUGCCCCACGACAAGACCAAGUGCUUCAAGUUCAUCUGAAGGGGAGCGGCCGGAGCUCCCGGUUCCACCCCCGGCGGGAAGGGCGGAGAGAGGGGCCCCUCGCCGGGGCGGGGAGCGCGGAACGCCCCUCGCUGUGGAUUCCCGGCCCCGCUUCCCGCUGGGAAAGCGGCACGGCCGGACUGGGGCGGGCCCGGCCGGGAUCGGGGCGGGCACAUCCCGGUCCCUCCUUCCCCGCUCUGCCCGCAGCGACUCGACCAAGCGACGGGGAAAACGGGAUCCCUCGGGAUCCCUCGGCUCCUGAGGACACUCCCCGGGAUCGCACACUGAGGAAGGGCCCGUUGGCCGCCGGCUCUGCCCCUCCCCUGGCCGAGGGCGGCCGUUCUUUUUAAUUAUAAUUAUUGUUAUUUAAAAUGAAAGUGUUUUAGAUUUGCCUCAUGAGGCGCUUUUUUUUUGUUUUCUUUUCUUCCCCUCCUUCAUCCCCCCCCCCUCCCUCCUCAUCCCCUUUUCCCCUCAGGACCCCUCGUCCCACUCGAGGGGGUCGUAGCAAGGCCAGGUUGGAGGGGUUUGAUGCAGCUUCGAGGUCACCACUGUUGUCCCCAUCCCUUCAUCCCUUCAUCCCUUCCCUCUCACCCCAUCCCGGCUCCUCUUUCCCUGUGGCUGCUCCUGAGGACUCCCAGGUGCUGGCUGGUGGUGAGCCCUGCCCAGAGCUCUGCUCUGCUCAGCACCCUGAGCCCUCAGGAGGGCUGAGGUUGGCCUGGGUGACCCUUCCCAGCUCCAGGACCCGCCGUUCCCAGGAUGUUCAGUUCUCCAUGUCCUUUUCCACCCCGUCCUGCUAAUCCUCUAAAGACAGGGAGUGGGUUUGGGGCUUAGGGAAGAUCCUCCUGCAGCACAGGCUGUGCUGGCAGUGCCCCAGGCUGGUGGAGCACCGAUCCUGAUCCGUGCUCAGCCCAGCCGGGAUGUGCCGGAGCUGCGGCUGCUUCGUGGCCGCAAUUCCCGCGCUGCCUCGUCCCUCAUCCCCCGCCCCAGAGCAAACCCUGCCCGUGCUGGGUUGGCCUGGACGUCAGCACAACUGCCUUAACCCCAUCCCAUCCUCACUCCCUGCUUUUGGGCUGCAUCCCAGGGUUAAUCCCACCAGGAGCUUCCCGUUGUGUGAACCCCGAGGCGCCACUGGGAUCGCAUUCAUGGAGUGAAGAGUUCAUGGAGUGGUUUUGGAGUUGGUUUCCUUUUCCCCAGAGCAAAAUGCUGUGACACCUGUGACCACCUGACCUCUAAUCUCAGCCCCUGCUCCAUCCUGCUGCAAUCCCAGCCGGCCAGGAGGGAAGGGCACAGCGUUCCCCUCGUGUGAUGUUCUCCCUCAGCGCAUCCGGAGGUUUAUGAGCAGCCUGGAGAAGGUUUGCCUGGGUAGGGGGGAAGGUGACACUUGUGUGAUUCACCUCUGUAUCCCUGCUUUUCCUGGCUCAGGUUGCAGCCCUGUGGAUGGGGGUCACCAACAUUCCUCCUUGGGAAGGGGAGGGAAGGAGCAGCCUGUUCCCAGCAGAGCCCACAGCUUGUGCCUUCACCAGCACCACCGAGCGCAGCGAAAUCCGGAUCAAGGAAUCUUUUCCUCUCUAUGGCUUUGUUUUUCCUUUCCAUCCUCUUUUUGUUUUAACAUCAGGGAGGGCAGGAAGAUUCACAGUCUCCUUAAAAUUUCCAUGGGAGAUUCCUGCGAGGCCCUGAAACACCUGGAAGGACGUUCAGUGCUCCUGCUCUGAGUGGGAAUGUGGCACCUUGUCAGGAGCUGCUCCAGCUCCAGCAGCCCGAGGGGCCUGAGCUUUAAUUGCACCCUCAUUAGGAGGUGCUUCAUUAGCUCCGGUCCAGCCCAGCCCCGGAGUCGGCUCUGCCUUCCCAGCCCUCCCGGCCAGGCAGGAGCAUGGAAUGGUUGGCGUGGAUUGCACUUUAUAUGGACACAGGCCCUGCUCAGCCACUGAUCUCCCAAAAUCUGGAGGGAACUGUUGUCAUUCCUGUGCUGCAGGAGCCUGGGCAAGGCGACGGGUUGGGAAGUGCUGGUGUUCCAUGGGCUCUGCCGGAGCCCCAGGAUGGGAAUUCUGCCUUCCCUCGGAGUGUUUCUGUUCCAAGCCAGUCGAGAUCAGGGAUCAGUGGAGCAAAUCCAACUGUUCCUCCUCCCAGGCUCCUUCCUUGGCCUCUUUCCCAAAGGGGUGUUUUGUUGGAAGGAUCCCCCGGUGUGUCGUGGCUGAGCAGGGUCGGGAUGUGCGAUGGGAUCAGUGUGGGUAUUGUGGGAUGGAUCCCUCCUUCCUGAGCCCCCCCGAGGGGAAGGAUUUGGGGGUGAAGGGAUGAAGUGGCUGCUCUGGGAGGGGACGUCCCAGGGAGGGGUGGAAUUCUGUGAGGAAAAUAAAUGCCAACAGGAACAUCUGCUGGUGCUGUCCCUCCCAUCCUGCUCCAUCCUCCUGUUUCCCUCUUUCCCAAAUCAUCCCAAACAACCACCAAACCCCCUGGAGCACAAACUUGGGAUUCACAGCUCCUGAGACAUCCCAGGGGCUGAGCUGUCCUUGGGCUUUCCUCCACCACCAGCGAGCAGAGGGGUUUCCCUGGAGCGGUGCCACCAUCCCGAACAUCCUCCCUUGCUACCCCCCCUCCUUCUCCCGGGAUUUCCAGCGGCAUCCCAGGCUCACAGCAAAGCUCAGGUUUGCUCGUAGGAUUCAGCCCAGCUCCCGGAGGAGACGGGAAGGGCUCUCGGCGGCUGCACCUUUCCCAAGGGAAAGACCAUUUCUCCCUUCCCACAGUUUUCCUGCUGCUUCCCCCGGGCGUGGAGCGAGGCCUUUCCCGCUGUAAAUAGGAUCGUCUGCGGUGCCCCGGCCCGGCCCUGUCCCACGGCCCUGCCCACCCCCCCUGCCGCGGUUGUUGCUGCAGCUCCGCGAGCGCCAGGAUUUAAAAAUCCAACAAAAACGGAGGGACGAGAAACACUCCUUCGACACGAGCACAAUGUUGAGGUUUUUGUAAAAGGAUCCAAUAAAUGGAGAGUUUAACUUG